AUGGAGGGAGCACAUCAGGGCAUUCUUUUCUACCAGAACGUAGUACCCCACAGAGUAGUUGACGAAGACCCCGUGGUGGAGGCAGCUGCCGGUGUCAGACCUGAAGAACACGUGGAUACGGACUAUGGGUUUGAGGAACCUGAUGAGAUUAUAGAGGAGGAUGGAGAUGUGAAUGAGGCACCUGGUGAACCCCACCCCUCGGAAGUCCUAUCAAAUCCACCCAUGAUUCCGGAGACUGAUAUCGACUAUAUACGCUCCCUUGAGGAAGAAAUAACCAAUCUCAAGCGGCAUCUCUUUGCGGCCGAAGCUAGAGCCGUUCAGGCCGAGCAAAGGGAAGAUGUAAUCACUCAAGAGGUGAACAAAAUGGCCGAACUUCUGAUACGUCAACUCGAUGAUUAA